AUGAGGGAGAUGAAAUUAGUUUUUCCUUUAGGUGUUUGCUCUCGCUCUCAGAGAGUAAUUGCAACGUUUUUCUUCUUAUUUUUUGCUUAUAUUGUUAUUGGAUUAUUGAUUGAUUUGUUUUGUGAUCUGUCUGUCCAAGGAGGGGGGCAUAGGGGGCAACGUAAGCAGGAUGUGGAACUAAGAGUGAGGACUUGGAACAUAGGCACAUUACAAGCCAAGUCGUUGGAGUUGGCGAUUGAACUUUCUAAAUACAAGAUUCAAGUGGCUUGCGUUCAGGAAACUAGGUGGAAGAGACAAAAAGCAAGCGUUUUAAAAGGUUAUAAGCUAUGGUAUGCAGGUUUGGAUAGAAAGCGAAGUGGAGUCAGUAUUCUUGUAGCUAAUGAUAUCCUAAAGCAAGUGGUAGAAGUUAGGAGGUGGAAUGAUAGGAUUAUGCUAGUUAGAAUAGUAGUGAGAGAAGAGGUCAUAUCGAUUAUUAGUGCGUAUCGGCUGCAAGUUGGGCUAGAUGAGGAAGUCAAACGUGAGUUUUGGGAUAACCUAGGUGACCUUAUAGAUCCCAUCCCUGCCGAUGAAAAAGUUUUUAUAGGUGGAGACUUCAAUAGACACAUAGGUAAGGAGGCAGUUAACUAUAACUCAGUUCAUGGAGGGUUUGGUUAUGGUGUAAGGAACGAGAGUGGAGAGAUCUUGCUUGAGUUUGCGUUAGAAAAGGAGUUGGUUAUAGAAAACUCGAUCUUUAGAAAGAAAGAUGAGCACUUGAUUAUGUACAAAAGUGGGCAUGCAACCCAAAUUGACUACUGUUUAGUACGGAAGUUUGAUCGGUGCUCGUGUCUGGACUGUAAGGUCGUGCUAGGUACAAAGAUGCCCACCCAACAUAGGUUAUUAGUACUAAUGUUUUGUAUGAGGAGAAAGAUUGCCGAAAAGAAGAUAAAGGUCAGGCAAACGAUCAUGUGGGGAAGACUUAAAGGGGAUAUGGUCGCAACCGUGUCAAACAAGAUCAAGAAGUCGAGCUACCCAAGUAUAUUAGACGAUGCAAAUCAAAUGUAG